AUGGCCUCUUCGAACUCUACAGGCGCUACGGCACUGGCCGCAUCCUCUCUCUUCAAUGUCAAGGGGCUUGUUGCUGUUGUCACGGGCGGCGGUACCGGAAUCGGGCUGCUGAUGACAAAAGCUCUGGUUGCCAAUGGGGCGACCGUGUACAUUCUGGGACGACGACUCGAGGUCUUGGAGCAAGCCGCCAGAAGCAUCCAGGAAGAAGUCGGUCCCAACCACGGCGUCGUGCGGCCUCUGGUGUGCGAUGUGACCUCCAAGCCCAGCCUGAAGGAGGCCGCAGAAGCUGUUUCCAAAGAUCUUGGGUACAUCAAUCUUCUCAUCUGCAAUGCAGGCAUUGGCGGGCCGCAAAAGCCGCGACCCUUGUCCGAGUCCCAGAUGUCACUCAAAGAGUUCACAGCUGACAACUGGGACGUGCCGAUGGAAGACUACACCCGCACUUUUGAGACCAAUACGAUAGCGGUGUGGUUCACAGCAAUGGCGUUUUUGGAAUUGCUAGACGCUGGAAACGUCAAGGGCAACGUCUGGCAGAAAUCGCAAGUCGUAGCCACUACGUCCAUUGCAGGUUUCAACAAGGUCAACACGGCUGGAUUUGCCUACAGCCAGUCCAAGGCAGCAUGUACGCACUUGAUGAAAAAUCUUGCUGUAUCUUUGCCCAGGUGGAACAUCAGAGCCAACAUGAUUUGCCCAGGGCUGUAUCCUAGCGACAUAUCUGGACCUAUAAUCGACCGAGGAGGAAUCGGCCGUGACAUGGUGCCGUUGGAAAGGGCGGGCGAUGAGCAGGACAUGGGCGGUGCGGUGUUGUACCUCGCCUCGAGAGCCGGCGCCUACUGCAACGGAUCUGUGAUCAUGACGGACGGAGGGCGGCUUGGGAACUUUGCAUCCACUUUCUAA